ACAGCAGACUGGAUUUCACUGACACCGGCGUGUACACCUGACGAGAAAAAUUUUAGAAUUUUCUCCUUAUUAGACUCACUACAUACUUGUUUCUAAUUAUUUUCUUUUGGUAUAAAUUUUUCGUCAGUUGGUGGAAUACAGUAUCACAUGGAAAGUGCUCUUUGCUAGGAAUAACCUGGCAAAAUGUCUUCAUUAUAUCAAACGCAUCGGACUUUAUAACGAUACACCUAAUCCAAUCCAGACUAAACAAGCAGCACAUCUCCUCUGAUGGCCUCCUUCUUACAACAGUUAAGACUACUUCUCUGGAAAAAUGGCCUCAGCGUCAUCCGGCAGCCCACCUGGUCGGUGGCUCUCCUUGUCUGGCCACUUGUGAUAUUCAUUAUCUUGGCGGUCACCCGUUCACAGUUUCCACCAAAACUCAAAGACACAUGCUAUGUGGCACCUAGAAAUCUUCCGAGCGCUGGGUUCUUUCCUUUCCUGCAGACACUCAUGUGUAGCACCGACAGUAUAUGCACCAGCAAAUCCUACCUAACAGAAGGACAGUCCAAAUCGUACUGGAACACAGCUCGUCGCCACCGCAGGGAUGCUGAAUCUCACAGUCUAUCAGCACUAUUCCAUGACCUACCUCCACUGGCCCAUCUACAGAAGGGAGGACUGAUUCACUCAAUCCUUAAAAGGGAUACAUCAAAUCCAGAGCUCCUAGGGCUGUGGGAUAGGAUGCUCAAUUCCAGCUUUCAAAACAUACCCAAUGUGACAGUCAUGCCAACGUUUAACAACACUGUUGUUGAUCAGACAAUGGAGUCCGUUUGGGAAUCUGUGAGCGUCUUGAAAAAAUCCUUAUGCAGCUUCUCCAUGACUGCCAUCAACACAUCAGGCAGUACCCAGCAUCUCUUUACACAAGGCUUAAUAAACUUCUGUAGCUCCAACGACACUGUUCUGGAAGCAUCCUUGGUCACCCUGAACCAGGUGCUGACUGAAAUGCUGCUCAAUAACCCGACAGAAGUAUUGGGAUCAAUUGGAGGGACUGUGGUGGUCUUAGAUAUGCUUCAACAGGAGACGUCAGUGUGGGACUUCCUACUUGGCUUGCCUGAUCUCUUCCUAAAGCCGUCAGAUGAAGAGAUAUUAAACGCUGGAGCAGAGGAAUUGGAAGAUCUUAAAAAUGCCUUGACAUUUAUCCAGAGGAAUUUCCCUCAGACCAACAUCUCUACUGCUGCCACAAACCCAGUCAUCACAAAAGGCAUUGGUUUUCUCAACUACAUGAGUGCUUGGAAAGGGAGAGGUGUGUAUGUCAAACUGAGUGAUGUUGUUACCCCAAGCAACAUUCCUCUACUUAGCUCCGACAUAAGAGACCUUAUCAACCAAAUCCAGAUUCCUCUUGAUAAGAUUCAAGUGCUGUUCAACGAGGCAGACUUUCGUACCUUUUUGUGUGACCAAAACAUCACCGGAUCCUAUUGUUGGAGUUGGGAAGUGGGCAAGAUAUUUGAAGCGAUAAAUACGUGGAAAGUUGUUGAACAGGUACUGUUGAAAUGGAGCCAGACCUCUGCCUCAGCAGACUUGGCCUUCUCUCAGGAGGUGUUCAGUAGCUUGCUGGGCUUAGUCUCUCCAUCGAGCCUGGAUGCUGUUCUCAAACGCACUAGGUCCCAGCGCAGCAGUGAUGCUCAGCCGCAGAGCCUGGGGGAACAAUUAGUCUUCGGAUUAAGCAAUACAGCAUUUGAUUUUCUACAAGGCAUGCCUGGCUGGGAAUACAUUCAGACUUUCAUGAUGGCUGGCCAUUCAUCCAUGCAGGUGGCGAGAGCGGCAAUGGAAGUACAGAUACCAUUCAUUGACAUGGUCCUGAGGGAUGCCAAGUAUGUCCAGGAGGUCUUCCUUUCUCUAAUGCAGAAUGAAACCUUUGCUAAGGCCUGGGCUGACCAUGCCAUGGACUCUAUUGUGGAAACCGUGGCUAAUGUUCUAGAGGGUCACACUAGCUGCAAAAACAUUUCUGCUCCCUGGGCUUGGAUGUCAACAUACAGCUCUAUAGACCUUGAGUUGUGGGGCACUCUAGUUUGUGAUGGAAAUGACACACGUCUUGAGGAAAUGCUGUUAAAAUCACUUUCGCCAGUAACUGAGAAGGUCCAGCAGAUGGUUGGUGCUGUGCAUGGAACUGAAAUGUACAAUGUCACACCCUCAAUACUUAUGGCAGAGUGGCACAGCCUGUACAAAACCUACCUGCAGUAUGUCACUGCCCUCCAGAGCUUGCAAACUGUGGUUAAUGAGAACUAUUUUGCGGGGAACAUUUCAGUCGGAUUGUCCCAGAUUCUUUUGACCAGGGCUACCGGUACAUUUGAGAACAUGGGUUCUCUGCUUGAGAACAGCUAUCUGUGGCCCUCCAUGGAACCAUAUUUCCAUAUGGCUUAUUGGAUUUUGACCUACCAACCCAAUGCCACUGCAUCACCAAACUGCACACUUCUUCCAUCUGCCUUCACCUGUCAGACCGGCUUUACCUGGGAAACAGCUGUUCCACUGAUUCAUUCUUUGUUCUCUGAAGUGUCAAGAGAACCAGACAGUCUGUUAAGACCUCUCCAGGGGACAGUAGCUCUCCUCCAAAACAGUUACAUGCAACUUUUACAGAAAGUCAUUGCCAAUGGCCUACCAGGUCAGCUCCUUGUUGGUGACUUGAGACUUAGAGACUUGUUGCUGAACCUCAUUAAUACAGUUGAUAAAGAAAUUCAGCUCCUCACCAACAUUCAGUCCACACAACAGUUUGAUACUCAGCUCUCGCUCACUCUGUUAAAUGACAUCAUGGAAGCUUUUGGACUGGGGAAGAUAGAGAACCUGUUGUCAGGAGGUUCCCAAACAUCGAGCAUGCACCCAGUCAUCAUGGGCGUCCUUCAGGUCUUGAACAAUGGGUCCAUCCAGAUGCUAAAUGUAGAGGAUAGUUUUGCAGUUCUUCAAGCUAUUUUGAGCCAACUUGGAGCCAUCUUGCCUCCAGCACAACAGUAUCAGUUUGAAGCAGUGCUAAAUAAGACUUAUGCCCUCAUUCGAGAUCUGGAGAUGUGUUCAGCUUUUGACCAGGACUGUGUUGCUGAUGUCCAGAAUGCCUGCGAUAAUCUUGGAGCAAUCCUUGCAUUUGAAAAUAAUAUGACGAUCCCAAUCACACCUCUGGGUAACAUGACUCUCCCUGUUGUGCUUGAUGUUCUCACUCUGCUCCUGCCAUGGAACAUGUCCCAGCCAUCAGAAGCCUCAAUGGAAAUUUUAAGAAAGAUUCAGUAUCUUCUUGAGCAGGCUUAUGCAUCUCCCCUGAACAUCAGUCAAGUUUUACAAGUCUCCAAUCUCACCAAUUUGGAAUUAGAACAAGUCAAUUCAGUAAUUCAUUCUAAUUGGUCAGCAUCCUUACUUAAGACUCUGAAUAUGGUCUUUCAAAUCCCACAAUGCAUGAACACUCAAACUACACAGUCUCCCCAAAAGCCUCCUGCUAAUGGACAAGCCGAAUGUAUCUUUGAGCUAAUCCAGACUGCUUCUGGUUUACUUGGAGUAAUACCUGUGGCAGAUAAUGUUCAAAUGACUCUUAAUAAUUGGCUUAACAUAAUUUCAAUAGAGUAUCAGAAACUAAAUAACAUAUCCAUUUCUGGAUCUGACCCACUUGCACUAACAGAAGAGGUGCUGAUUACAACACUGUCAGCCAUUAGACAAAACCUUCAGGGUCUUGAUGUGGAGAACAUCACUGAUAUUACCAAUGAGCUCAACAUUCUGGAAGACCUCUUGAAAAAUGUAUUCAGAGAACAAUACCCAUACCACACCAUUAACUCGACAUUGAUGGUGCAGAGACAGUAUGCACAGAUGGUGUAUGGAGAAAUCACACUGUGGUAUUUAAACAAGCUUGGAAAUGCCACCAGUGGCAGUAUGUUUGCUGAGAUUCUCCAUCAACUGAAACGCAUAACUGAAAUGCAGGUGGCACUCAACAAUGCAGCAGCAGAUAUGGUGACGCUAGCAAUGAAUCAGAUCCAGAGCUUGAGUCAUAUGAGGUUUCCUCUGGAAGGUGAGGAUCUUGUACAAGUUUCCAAUACAACCAUGACCAUGCUGCAGGAUGAGCUGGCACUGAUUAAAGGAACUCUUGAGAUCCAGCAGGCGUUCUAUGAUUCUCUAGGCUCCCCAAUGAACAACAGUAUCCCUGCUGAAAUUGAAGCUCAGAUCAUGACCUACCUCAACUUGACAAGGGAGUGGAUCACUAACCCAAAUGUGAUGACAGCACUUGCUAGAAUUUUCCAGUGGGAAAUUAGCUCUGUAGAUAUUACAACACCUGGGAAGGAUCUUGAGCAGCUCCUCCAAGCCUUGACUCCCCUACUCCAUCUUGAAGAUAAAGAGUCCCUUGUUUUUCUUGACCAGUUCUCUCAGGCAGUAAACUACGCUCUACAGGUGUCUAGCACUGAUGGUGGUCUUCAAAGCGAAAACUUCACAGAAGCCAUCAUCGGUGCUGUGAGAGUGAUUCUGAAGAGUAUAUCAAAUGAAACUGGAGCUCUACCUCAGGAUGUGAUUAACAAUGUUCUUGAUGCUUUUAAUGGUUCACUUCAGCUGAUCCUGAACCCUAAUAUGAGCUAUGCCCAAGCUAACACCCUAACACAGGAGACUAUCCAGAUGGUAGAGGGAGCGAUUCAUACCCUUUUACCAGCAGAGGCAGCUGAGGUGUUGGUUCCCAUUAAAAACAUCAUUUUAUCCUAUCUGAAUAACAUCUCCCAGCCAGCUGGAUUUGAUCUUUGGAAUGAACUCAUUGCAAAUGUGAUGAAAGAGCUUCAGAAUUCCCUGCCAUCAAACAACACAGCUCAGCCCAUCAUAUCAAUGAUAAUCAAGCUCACAGGAAACCUUCUGAGCUCAAAUGAAGGCAAUUUGACCAAGGACUGGAUCAUUAACCAACAACUGACAAUGGCACUUGCUGUAAUCUUCCAGGGGAAUGCUAGCUCUGUAGAUCUUGCUGCAGCUGGGGUGAAUCUUGACCAACUUUUUAAAGCCAUGGCCCCCCUACUCUCCCCUGAAGACAAAGCCUUCCUCGAUGUUGCUGAACAGGUGUCUCAGAGACUAACCUACGCUCUACAGGUGUCUAGCACUGAUGGUUGUCUUCAAAGUGAAAACUUCACAGAAGCCAUCAUUAGUACUGUCAGACUAGUUCUGGAGAGUGUUUCAAAUGAAACUGGAGCUCUACCUCUGGAUGUGAUUAACAAUGUUCUUGAUGCUUUUAAUGGCUCACUUCAGCUGAUCCUGAACCCUAAUAUGAGCUAUGCCCAAGCUAACACCCUAAUACAGGAGACUAUCCAGAUGGUAGAGGGAGCGAUUCAUACCCUUUUACCAGCAGAGGCAGCUGAGGUGUUGGUUCCCAUUAAAAACAGCAUUUUAUCCUAUCUGAAUAACAUCUACCAGCCAGCUGGAUUUGAUCUUUGGAAUGAACUCAUUAUAAAUGUGACGACAGAGCUUCAGAAUUCCCUACCAUCAAACAACACAGCUCAGCCCAUCAUAUCAAUGAUAAUCAAGCUCACAGAAAACCUUCUGAGCUCAAAUGAAGGCAACUUGACCAAGGACUGGAUCAUUAACCAACAACUGACAAUGGCACUUGCUGUAAUCUUCCAGGGGAAUGCUAGCUCUGUAGAUCUUGCUGCAGCUGGGGUGAAUCUUGACCAACUUUUUCAAGCCAUGGACCCUCUACUCUCCCCUGAAGACAAAGCCUUCCUCGAUGUUGCUGAACAGGUGUCUCAGAGACUAACCUACGCUCUACAGGUGUCUAGCACUGAUGGUGGUCUCCAAAGUGAAAACUUCACAGAAGCCAUCAUUAGUACUGUCAGAGUAGUUCUGGAGAGUAUUUUAAAUGAAACUGGAGCUCUACCUCAGGAUGUGAUUAACAAUGUUCUUGGUGCUUUUAAUGGCUCACUUCAGCUGAUCCUGAACCCCAACAUGAGCUAUGCCCAAGCUAACACCCUAACACAGGAUACUAUCCAGAUGGUAGAGGGAGCGAUUCAUACCCUUUUACCAGCAGAGGCAGCUGAGGUGUUGGUUCCCAUUAAAAACAUCAUUUUAUCCUAUCUGAAUAACAUCUCCCAGCCAGCUGGAUUUGAUCUUUGGAAUGAACUCAUUGCAAAUGUGAUGAAAGAGCUUCAGAAUUCCCUGCCAUCAAACAACACAGCUCAGCCCAUCAUAUCAAUGAUAAUCAAGCUCACAGAAAACCUUCUGAGCUCAAAUGAAGGCAAUUUGACCAAGGACUGGAUCAUUAACCAACAACUGACAAUGGCACUUGCUGUAAUCUUCCAGGGGAAUGCUAGCUCUGUAGAUCUUGCUGCAGCUGGGGUGAAUCUUGACCAACUUUUGCAAGCCAUGGACCCCCUACUCUCCCCUGAAGACAAAGCCUUCCUCGAUGUUGCUGAACAGGUGUCUCAGAGACUAACCUACGCUCUACAGGUGUCUAGCACUGAUGGUGGUGUCCAAAGUGAAAACUUCACAGAAGCCAUCAUCGGUGCUGUGAGAGUGAUUCUGAAGAGUAUAUCAAAUGAAACUGGAGCUCUACCUCAGGAUGUGAUUAACAAUGUUCUUGAUGCUUUUAAUGGUUCACUUCAGCUGAUCCUGAACCCCAACAUGAGCUAUGCCCAAGCUAACACCCUAACACAGGAGACUAUCCAGAUGGUAGAGGGAGCGAUUCAUACCCUUUUACCAGCAGAGGCAGCUGAGGUGUUGGUUCCCAUUAAAAACAGCAUUUUAUCCUAUCUGAAUAACAUCUACCAGCCAGCUGGAUUUGAUCUUUGGAAUGAACUCAUUAUAAAUGUGACAACAGAGCUUCAGAAUUCCCUACCAUCAAACAACACAGCUCAGCCCAUCAUAUCAAUGAUAAUCAAGCUCACAGAAAACCUUCUGAGCUCAAAUGAAGGCAACUUGACCAAGGACUGGAUCAUUAACCAACAACUGACAAUGGCACUUGCUGUAAUCUUCCAGGGGAAUGCUAGCUCUGUAGAUCUUGCUGCAGCUGGGGUGAAUCUUGACCAACUUUUUCAAGCCAUGGCCCCUCUACUCUCCCCUGAAGACAAAGCCUUCCUCGAUGUUGCUGAACAGGUGUCUCACAGACUAACCUACGCUCUACAGGUUUCUAGCACUGAUGGUGGUCUCCAAAGCGAAAACUUCACAGAAGCCAUCAUUAGUACUGUCAGAGUAGUUCUGGAGAGUGUUUCAAAUGAAACUGGAGCUCUACCUCAGGAUGUGAUUAACAAUGUUCUCGGUGCUUUUAAUGGCUCACUUCAGCUGAUCCUGAACCCCAAUAUGUACAACAUGCAAGCUAACCAUCUCACACAGAAGACUAUACAGAUGGUAGAGGGAGCUAUUCAUGGCCUCUUGCCAGCAGAGGUGGCUGAGGUGUUGGUUCCCAUGAAAAACAGCAUUUUAACAUAUUUGCAAACCAUCUCCCAAUCUGCAGGACCAGACAAAUGGAAUGAAGUCAUUGUGAAUGUGAUGAGAGAGCUUCAGAAUUCACUGCCAUCAAACAACACAGCUCAGCCCAUCAUAUCUGUGAUACUCAAGGUCACGGAGUAUGUUCUAAACUCAAAUGAAGGAUAUACAAACAUGUGGCACAACCUAGGCAACUUCAGUCUUGGCAGCCUAAAUGAAAUAACAGAACAGCUUGCAGUCUUUCUGGGCUCUGUGUCACCAUUCAAGAAUGAGUCCACCCAGACUGUCACAGAAUCCAUAGGCGUUCUGGUCCAGAUCCUUUCCGGGAGUGCUGACCAGCUGACCUUUGACAAGUUAGAGAAGAUGUUGGCUGCUCUGUUUUCAACCUUCAAAGGUACUCCUAUGUGGGAUUCUUUGCCGUCUGUCGUGUCCACAAUUCAACAAGCCAUUGUCAGCAGUGCUAACAACUUGCAGGCACAAACAGAGCUCCUCCACGGCCUCCAGCAGCCAUUGUCCAACCUGUUGUCAGACAUUUUUCAUGUUAUGAACACAAGUGGUUUCACUACUCAGUCCUUUAUUGGUGGAUUGCCACAGGCCCUUGUGUCAACUGUAGAAGCUGCUUUGCAGGCUGGUUUGGAGGGUCAGAGCCCGAACUGCAGCUACAUACAGCAGAUAUGGCACGAUGUCAGAGCUGAUACUGGAAUAAGUGAAGACACUGUUGCUUUGUGGUGUAACAUCAGCCUAGUGCCAGUCAUAGCAGCUUACAAUAAACCAGCUCCAGCCUUUAAUAUGACGGGAAUGGAGAUGAACCCUCUAUGGAUAAAUGCCACUGCAGGAAUGAUGGCCGAGUCACUGGAGACUUUCUAUGGGGCGAUCCUAAACAGUACCUUUGCUAGCAGUCACCUUUCAGAGGUCUUAUUGCAUUACACUUCAAUGCUAUACAACCUCUCUGUGCUAGAAAUAACAAACCAGGCUGACUGGAAUGUCCAGCUCCUCCAGAUGCAGCUGAACCAAAGCCUCUCCUCAGUUCAAAUGGCUCUGGAUCAAAUUAAGACAGAAGCUCCCUGGAUGACGCCAUACAUCGAGGCACUUGGAAAAACUAUAGAGGUCAUCCUACAGAAUGGCAAUCUCCUCCAGGACUCAACUGUAAGCCCUCAGAUCAUCAUGCAAGCUCUGGAGGUCACGCUCACCGGAAUGAACUUUACAGAGGAAACCAUUAAUUACAUCCUGAAUGGAGACAUAUUUAUGAACCCCAAUGGAAGCACAGUUGACAGUUUAAUAAAAGAGGUUAUCCAGCAAAUCAUUGGUACGGGAUUGCUGGGCGACUGGCCCACCCUUUAUGGAGUAAUGCAGCAAGUUCUGUAUUUGGAAGAUACAAGUGGCACCCUAUGGAAAACUGUUGAUUUUUUCAACUGGCUGUACUCUACUCAAGAUACUGGAUUAAAUUUUGUCUUGGAGAUCCUGCGCAAGCUAUACGAUAUAGUAAGAGAUGCCCUUACCAAGAUGCCACUGCCGUGUCUCUCAAAAACCUUUAUCGACCUUUCAGGGAAUGUUUUGUCCAUGCUGAAACAGAUCAAACUAACCAGUGACCUCUUCGACCCUGUGGAACAAUAUCUAAGUCCACUCAAAAUGCAAAUUGCUCAGGGACAGAACCUACCAAGUCUUGUGUCCCAGACAAAAAAUGCCAGAAGAAUUGCUAGCGAUGUACAGAGAGAGCCAGUGGAUGACUUCCUUGACCUUCUUGACAUCGACUACCAAGCCCUGCUUGAAGUUCUAUCCAUUCCACCAACCUCGACUGAAAUUCUGGAGACUAUUCAUGUUUUCUUUGCAAAUCCAGACUUGGGUGUCCUACUGAAGGGUUAUUUGAGUGAAAUUACAAGUCAGGAGGAAACCAUUGACACAGCUCUGAACGUGCUGUCCUACUUGACACUCCCUAGCAAUGGACAGAAGUUCCUGGAGAUGUUCAUGGACAUCAGUAGUGAUGGGUGGAGUUUGCAGGACCUUAAUAAAGUAGAGCAAUUUGCAGAGAGCAUAGGAAGUACAAUUGACGUGGCCAUGGUGUUAUCCGACCAGCCACCUCUGAACAUUGCGCAAAGAGUCGAGAACAUGGCCCAACAACUUCAAGCUUUGGUGUCAAAUAUCAUCUUGCAGGGUGGAAAUGGGACAGACAUUGCAAUUCAAUUCCUCAUGGCGCUCAACGAGAACUUCAAGGACAUCAGCCCUCAGGUCACUGGCAUUCUCCAAAACAUAAUUGGCUCGUUUUCCAGUCCAGGGUCGCCGAUGAGCGUAGAGUCCUAUUUAGCAGCUGUAAAUCAAACCGCAGAAGCCUUCGACUCACUUCCCUCUGGAGAGAUAGCUGUAUAUUUUAACAUAUCUGGACAAAUGCUGCAAGCCUUUGCAUUGCUCGAGGCAUAUCCCGGAGACAUAGAAAAAGUCAUGAUGUCCACCAGCAUGAUUUCAAACUCCCUAAACCAUGUCCUUGCCCUCUCAAAUAUCACAGCUCUUCCGAAUGGACAGACUGUUCAAGAGGUCACCCAUCCCGUCAUCCUUAGCAGUGCCAUGGCCACCCACAUCCUAUUCAACCUCUCCAUGUCAAACUAUAGCCUAAGCAGCGCUGCUGAGACGGAGAUGCUUUUGACCCAGACGUUCAAUCACAUGGUUGUCGUUCUCCCCAAGGAAACGCACAUGUACCUCUUUGCUAUCAAAUCGGCUCUAUUCAGUGCCCUCUCAAAAGUAUCCAACACUGCAGAAAUCUCAUCCCACUUCCCAGAAAUCUCCCAGCUGGUUACACAGUCUCUUCUUAACUCUCUAAACAUUACUUAUGAUCCGACAUCUAUGCAUAUGACUCCAGAUGGCCUUGUUUACAUCUUGAUGACCGUGUCUAAUCAAGUGUCCAUGAGUCUCUACGAGGGCCUUAUGUUAUCCGGUUCCCCUAUCCAAAUCUCACAAGCAUUGAACUCUUUAAGUGAGGUUGCAUCUUCCAUAUACUCGAUAAUGCCUGUUGAGGGACGGCCAUACAUCAAUAUCACACUCAACCUAAUGGAGACAAUGUCUUUUGUUCUUAAUGGCACCAGCACCUUUAGGGAUGUCAGUGGGGCUGUAUCUCAAGCAGCCAGUUCUGUCAACAAACUUCACAACAUGAACUCAAAUUCCUCCAGCACCAUUAUAAGUGACCUAGAGCAGACCCUUAAGACAAUCCUAGUGAUCAUCCAAGAAGACCAAAACCCUUUCACCCAAACAGCUGUUAUUACCCAGCAGCUGUUGCACACCAUCCAAAAUCUCAUCUUGCUGGGCAAUAGCAGCAAUGUGGAGUCUGAACUCGCCAAAAUAGCGCUGGGGGCUUCUAGCAUGAAUAUCGACCAUCUGGUGGGGAUGAAUGACACUAACUGGACUGACAAACUUCCUGUGCUGUUGACAAACCUCGAAAAUAGCCUUCCAGAAGACCUGCCAUAUUCUUCUCAUAUUAAGUCCAUCAUAAGAAGCCUGGCCAACGAAUCCCAAGAAAAUCUGCAUCUUCUACAGCAAGUGCUAAACACCGCCUUUGAAUUAGGCUCAGCCGGCUGGACAAAUGAGAGUUCGGGCACGACACUGGACCACCUGUUAACUAAGGUGUGUGCUCUGGAAAACAUGGCUGCUGUGCAGCUGAUCACCCAGGUUCUGCCUCUGGGACCCAGAGUGCUAUGCGACACUGUUGUUCCCGCAGUUCAGGCCUUCUAUAUGCUCACAACCAACCUGGUGAACCAAAGCACCGACAUCAAUGAUCUGAUUUUCCAGACUUUCAUUGGAGACCCUAACACUUACAACACUGGAGUGGACUGGACAUCAACUCUCUCUCAAGUUGUGGGCUUCGACAUCUCAACUCUGAAAAGUCUUAAUAUCAAUAUGUCAUCUCCAGCUGGAGUGAAAGUUUCAGAGCUGCUGAAAAACACCACUCUGUUUGUUCAGGAUGUCGAGCGGUAUACCAGCUUCCCCCCUCACAUUCUUCAGGCUCUAUUAGAUUACCCUCUACCCAGCAGCAACAUGCAGAGCUUGGUGUGGCUGGCAAACCUACAGCAUUGCUCGGACCCCUCGUCUUUGCAACUGGACCCUGCAGGGCAGGAGAUCUUCAGCACCUUCUGUGAACGGUCACAUGACUGGUACAGCAUCACGGUCCUCUUUCUUCGCCAUGUGGACAUGAAGGCGGCUUUAUUCAGGCUGGUGUUGUCCAAAGAAAUUCAGGAUUUGGUGGCAGUCAUGCUAGAGAUGGUCAAGUUUUUGACGGACAUGAUGCACAAACUGGUACCUGCCAUUAACAAACUACAGGGAUACCUAACAAACAUUGGAGAGCUAAACCUGGUGGCCAACCAAGAGUUCCACAGUCUGGUGAGGGGAAAGCGGUCCACCAUUUCUAGCAGGGCCACGUUUAGUACCAUUGCUCGUGCCUUAUGCAAAAACGGCAUCCUGACGCUGUUCGCCAUCGGAAAAGUUCCUAUUGUAACCGAGACUGAUCCUUCUGUCCAGACGGACCACAAAAAAGAAGAGCUGAUUAAGAAGUUCAAAAUCCCACCCGAUGCUAGUCCCUUCUGUAUGAACCUCUACUUGGAUAUGGUGAACACUACAGGCGGCGCGGUGGCCUGGGCCUUCCUCAAACCCAUGCUGUUAGGACAGGUCCUGUACUCACCUGACACACCAGUGACGAGAGAGAUCAUGAGAAAGUCAAAUUCUACUCUGCACCAGUUUGGUGAUCUAAAGCUUUAUGCGUCCGAGUGGAUAGAGUCAUCGUCAUAUGUGAUGCAGUCUGCCACCAUCCUGACAAAAACCUUGCCAAUACUUCAGAAUUCUCUGCGCAAUCCUUUCGUCCAAAACUUCAUUAAGACUCAGACCGGCAUUGAUGUUGCACAAAUGAGCACAACUCUCAACCAGUUCUCAAACAUGACAGUCCUUUUAGAGGAAAACAAGUUUAUCAUGGAGCAGAUCACCACGCUUUCCAUGCUGAUGAUGAACCUUUCCUCCUGUGUCAACUUCGACCGCUACCGAGCCUUCAACUCCACUGAUGAACUCAACGAGCAGGCGGAGAAACUGGCUCAAAACCGUGAACUCUACGCCAGCAUUAUUUUCAAACUUCCUGAGGAGACCUCCAGUAGCCUGCCCCAGAACAUCGACUACACCAUCCGAAUGAACAUCGAGAAUGUCAUGCGCACAGACCGAGUACGGAAUCCCUUCUGGGUGAAAGAUGCCUUCGUGUCAACAACGAAGACCCAGCGGUACAACCGAGGCUUCGUGUAUCUGCAGGAGAGCAUCGACAGAGCCAUCAUCGAAAUGCAGACGGGUAAAGCCAUUGAUGGGCCCGCGGUCCAGUUGCAAGCGUUCCCGUAUCCCUGCUACUACAAGGAUGACUACCUCAACAGCAUCGCUUUUGCCUUCCCAAUGGCUCUCAUGAUUUCCUGGGUGCUGUUUGUCGCCCACUUUGUGAAAAAACUCGUCCACGAGAGAGAGCUGCGACUUCACGAGUACAUGAAAAUGAUGGGGGUCAAUCCCAUCAGCCACUUCUUUGCCUGGUUAAUUGAAAGUGCUGUGUUCCUGCUGGCGACCGUCAUCAUCCUCACCAUCAUUUUGAAAUCUGGCGGCAUCCUUCCUCGCAGCAAUGCCUUCGUGCUCUUCCUCUACCUUUGCGACUAUGGCUUCAGCGUCCUUGCAAUCAGCUUCCUGGUCAGCUCCUUUUUCGAUAAGACCAACAUCGCCGGGCUGAGCGGCAGCCUUAUCUAUGUCAUCUGUUUCUUCCCCUUCAUCGUGCUGAUCCACUUGGAGGACAAUCUUUCCUUCAGUGUGAAGAGUGCUCUGAGUCUCUUUUCUCCGACAUGCUUCAGUUAUGCCAGCCAGUAUAUUUCCCGCUAUGAAAAACAGGAAGAAGGCAUCCAGUGGAGCAACAUCUAUAUCUCUCCUCUGGCUGGUGACACUUCCUCCUUCGGUUGGCUCUGCUGGCUGCUCCUCAUUGACUCAGUAGUAUACUUUAUCAUUGGGAUUUACAUCCGCAUGGUCUUCCCAGGAAAGUAUGGCAUUGCUGUUCCGUGGUACUUCCCAGUGAGUCGGUCCUUCUGGACAGAUAUGUUCAGCUGCUGUAGCAGAAUGCCAAAGAAAAUAGGCAGAGGGUUGCUCUUUACUAACAUGAUGCACGAACAAAAAAACACUGACAAGAGCAAAGGUAAAAGUAGCUUGGCGGGUAAUGGAGAAGAAGACUUCUCAGGAUUGCCUGUUGGAGUCUCACUUUAUGGCCUGACGAAGACCUACAGCAACCGGCAUGCUGUAGACAAUCUGAACCUUUCUUUCUAUGAGGGACAUGUCACAUCUCUGCUGGGUCACAAUGGAGCUGGAAAAACCACCACUAUGUCACUCCUGACAGGACUGUUUUCACCGACCAGCGGCACCAUUGAGGUGUAUGGGAUGGAUAUGCAGACGUCUAUAGAUGAUGUGCGUAAGGAGAUGGGCGUGUGCAUGCAGUAUGAUGUCCUGUUUGACCACCUUACCACAAAGGAACACCUGCUGCUAUACGCUCAGAUCAAAGCUCCCCACUUGACCAAACAGGAAGUGAACGAACAAGUACAAAAAAUCCUAAUGGAAACAGACAUGCACGCCCAUCGCCACAAGCGUGUCGGCACCCUGUCAGGAGGUAUGAAGAGGAAGCUAUCCAUCUCCAUUGCCUUCAUUGGAGGCUCACGGCUGGUGGUGCUAGACGAGCCGACCACCGGGGUGGAUCCCUGUUCCCGACGCAGCAUCUGGGACAUUGUCCUUCAACACAAGCAAGAGCGUACCAUCAUCCUUUCCACACAUCACCUGGAUGAGGCUGAAGUUCUCAGUGACCGCAUCGCCUUCCUGGAGCGCGGAGGCCUUAAAUGCUGUGGUUCGCCCUUCUACCUCAAAGACAAGCUGGCUAAGGGCUACAACCUCACCCUCACAAGAAAGGUUCAGUCUCCUGAUUCAAACCAAAAGUUUAACAUUGAAGAACUAAGGGCUUUCAUUCAGUCGCACCUGCCUGACGCUCGGCAGAAGGAGGGAGAGGUGGGCGAUUUGGUCUAUGUCCUCCCACCAUACACCCCCCAGAAUGCAGCUGCGUACCACUCUCUGCUCACCAGUCUGGAUCAGAAUCUGGAUAAGCUUCAGCUGGGCUGCUAUGGCAUUUCCGACACCACCCUGGAAGAGGUGUUCCUGCAGUUGACUCGAGACGACUUGGAGCCCAAAGAAAGUGACACCUGGUCUGUAUCAGAGUCUGUGAUAGCCAAUGACAUGUUUGCCUCAAGAGACAGCAUUCCUGACGAAUUCAACAACGCGUACCUUGGAGAGAAAGCCAGCCUCACUGGGACCUCAGUUGUGCGUGGGUUCACUCUGACUGCGCAGCGGGCGAUGGCCAUGCUGCUGAAACGCGUGCACCACUCCAGGAGGGACUGGAAGGGGCUGUUCUCCCAGGUGUUGUUGCCUGUACUCUUUGUAAUUGCUGCCAUGGGCCUAGGCUCCAUCAAGAAUGAUCUUCAGCACUUUCCCAAGAUUGUGCUUUCUCCUGCUCUGUACCAUGUUGAUGAACAGUAUAGCUUCUUCAGCAAUCAGAAUCCCACCGCCAGCAGUCUUGUAGAUUCCAUGAUGUCUUAUCCAGGCAUUGACCACGUCUGCAUGAGAGACCCCACAGAUUCGCUUUGCAAAGAGAGACCUACUGCAGGAAGUGAGACCUGGAUCUCCAGAGGCAACAGCUCUGCUACAUAUACCACCUGCAAGUGUAGCAACCAAGUGCAGUCAUGUCCUGCAUCCGAUUACGAACCACCUCACAAAAGAAAUCCAUCAUCCCAGAUUGUUUACAACCUGACAGGCAUCAACACAGAGAACUACCUGCUGGCCACUGCCAAUGACUUCAUCAGGAUCAGAUAUGGAGGCUGGGACUUCGGAAAGCCUCUUCCCUUUGAUCUUAAGAUGGACAUGUUAGAUGUGCCAGAGAACAGAACCCUUAGUAAGGUUUGGUAUAAUCCAGAAGGUCACCACACCAUGCCUGCCUACCUCAACAGCCUUAACAACUUUAUUCUGAGAUCCAAUCUGCCAAAAGAGAAACGGCAACAAUAUGCCAUCUCCAUAUCCAGCCACCCUUACCCUGGCCAAGUGCAAGACGAGGAUGUCAUGGUGAGCGGUUUGGUCAGCAUCCUGGUUGCUCUCUGUGUGCUCACUGGCUACUCCAUCAUGACGGCCAGCUUUGUCAUCUAUGAGGUUCAGGAACAUCACACGGGCUCCAAAAGACUCCAACAGAUCUCUGGCAUCAGCGAACCUUUCUACUGGAUCAUCAACUUCUUCUAUGAUAUGGCUCUUUAUAUGGUUCCCGUGCUCCUCUCGGUGGCGAUGAUAGCAGCGUUCCAGCUCUCAGCAUUCACAGACAGGCAGAACCUCGGCGCGGUCACACUUCUACUGGUGCUAUUUGGCUUCUCCACCUUCCCUUGGAUGUAUCUUCUGUCUGCGGUAUUCAAGGAUACAGAAAUGGCCUUUAUCGGUUAUGUUUGCAUCAAUCUCUUCAUCAGUGUCAACACCAUCAUCUCCACAUCCAUUAUUUACUUCCUGGGUCAGCUCAACCAGAAUGACCAGAGCAUCCUGGAUGUGUACCAUACCAUGAGCAACAUAUUCCUAGUCUUCCCUCAGUUCAGCUUUGGCAAUGGUUUGAUGGAGUUGGCAAGGGUUGACAUGCAGGUGCAGAUCCUGAGUGCUUUCGGAGUGGAUGCCUACAAGAACCCGUUCAGCAUGGAUGUUCUGGGCUGGAUGUACAUCUCCAUGUUCCUGCAGGGCUUCAUCUGCUUCACACUUCGCCUGCUACUUAACAAGACGCUCAUUCGCAAAGUCAGAUGGUUAUUCUGCUGGAAGAAGAACGUUGUUCAGAACUAUAGCCCCAAUGAAGAUGAAGAUGUGGUGGCUGAACGUCUGCGUAUGGACCGUGGCGAUGCACAUGCAGAUAUUCUGCAGGUUAAGCAUCUGACUAAGGUGUAUCAAAACCUGAACAAGAGGGUCCAGGCGGUGAAGAAGCUGUCUGUCGGCAUCCCAGCUGGAGAGUGCUUUGGAUUGCUGGGAGUCAAUGGUGCAGGAAAGACCACUACCUUCAAGAUGCUGACAGGAGACAUUAGCCCUACUGACGGCUCGGCCAAGAUUCGUGACAUUGACGGGAGAAUGGUUGACAUCAUAGACUGCAGGAGAGAGGGCAUAAACAUUGGUUACUGCCCCCAGGUGGACGCACUGGAUGACCUCCUGACUGGAGAAGAACAUCUCUAUUUUUACGCCCGCAUCAGGGGCAUCUCCAAGAGGGAGACUGACCGGGUUGUGAACUAUCUGUUGAAAAAGUUGGAGCUGAAUUACCAUAGACACAACACAAGUGAGAGCUACAGUUGUGGAACACGCCGGAAGCUGUCGACAGCCUUGGCCCUGAUCGGAAACCCUCAGAUCCUUCUCCUGGAUGAACCCAGCUCUGGAAUGGACCCACGUUCCAAACGUCACCUUUGGAAGAUCAUCUCUGAGCAAGUGAUGGGCAAAUGUGCUGUUGUCCUAACAUCACACAGCAUGGAGGAGUGUGAGGCCCUUUGCACCCGUCUGGCUAUAAUGGUAAAAGGACAGUUCAGAUGUCUCGGUUCCUUACAGCACAUCAAAAACAGGUUUGGUAAAGGAUUCACGGUGAAGAUGCACUUAGCUGGAGCCUCCUGCGAUGUAGAUAUGAUCAGUAACUUCAUGCAGCAGAAUUUCCCCAGCAUGUGCCUGAAGGAUCAUCACUCAAAUAUGGUGGAGUACCAUGUGCCUGUUGCUCCUGGUGGUGUGGGUUCAAUCUUUGGUCUGUUGGAGUCCAACAAGGCUGUACUGCAAAUCAAACACUUCUCAGUCAGCCAGACCACUCUGGAUGAGGUUUUCAUUAACUUUGCCAUGGGGAAGACGGACACAGACGAACAGGAAGUCACUCAAGGAAUGGACACUGACAGUCUAGACUCGUACAAUGCAUUGGACUAAUGGAAUACUUGGACAUUAUAGCAUUCAAAUAACCUAAAAAAAAGAAAAGAAAAAAAAAGAUGUUAAUUUAAUACAUAGGAAAUAUUUUAUAGGCUAUAUCAUAUGUUGGUGUUGUGAUUAUUUCAAUGAAAGACAAAAAACAAAUAUUUUUUUAUAGAAUAAUGAAGUCGCCAAAUACCUUACGGAUAAUUAUUGUGGAUUUAUAUGAAUGAUUAUGUGUUAAUUAACUCUUUCUGCUCUUCCAAACAUGGGUUCAAAUUUUGCUCAACUUUGGAGGAACUUCAUAUGGAAGUUUGAUGCUAUUUGUAUCACCUUAAAAGGGUUAAUAUGCAGAAAGUCUAUAUUAGUUUACAUAGUUCAGUGCAAUACAUUAGUCUUUCGUUUGUCAUCAAACAACUCUGCUGCUUAUCAAAGAAAAUCAAGUCAUUUAUUAACUAAAUUGUUUGAAAUGUUAUUAGCUCUUCCAUAUACAUUAAUCAAAACAUGAAUUACUGACACAAACAACCAGCAAUGUGUUCCUUAAUACAGAAUUAAAUAUGUAUUUAGAGUGAAUAGCACUCUUGCAGCUCUUGUCUGGGGUUGAUAUAAAUCACAAAGACCUUUUUGGCUCCAAGAAAUAAAUGAUUCUUCAAUGUCUGCACAUCUUCACUCUCAUUAAUAUUUUCUCGGAAGGCACAUCUCUUGUUCAAGAAUGUACUAAAUAUUUCAUCGGCCCUUUCCUCUGUCUGCUUCAAGGCACGGUUCCUCUUUUAAAAAUGUACCAAGCUUAUUUUUACAUUAAUGCUAUUUUUCACAUGCAGUUGUUAAGCGUUUGUCUUAUUGAAUGUACUGCAAUUGGUUUUUUAUGUCACAAGUUGAGGUGUGCAAAUCUUUUUUUUUUUUUUCAUAGAAAAUUUUGCACUGUGGAAAUGAUGAACUAUCCAAUGUCCAGACUGCAUUUCAGGCAUGUUCUGUCUUUUCUCUAUCCAUCCAUCCAUCCAAAUUUUUAACCCCUCAUAGUAGCAUUUUAAAGCUAAAUAUCUCCACUACAUGUUACAGACGUAUUUUAAAAUCAAAUUUGACAAAUUUCUGCACUGAAAGUGGUAAAGGGUUAGAAACUGUACUUGAAUUAUACAAUAAGUAAAUUAAAAUGGAAAUGAUUCAAAUCACUAUUGUACAACUGUAAAAUAAAUCAAUCACACGCACUGAAAA